GGGGUCGCUGUUGUUAGGAUUGUUUGGCUGAGGGUUGAAUUCAGUCAUCUGCCGGAAGAUGCAUCACAGGAGGUUAUAGAGCAGUUUGCACGAGCUUAUGCUCUAUCUCUGAUUGGAGGUGUACUUUUCCCGGAUCGGUCUGGAUCUACGGUGCACCUACAGUACCUGCUUCUGAUUGAGGAUUGGGAGAGGGCUGGAGGGUUCGCCUGGGGAGCUGCUGUUUUAUCCUACCUGUCCCGUGAGAUGGGUAGGUCGACUUUGCACAUUACGCAUACCGGCACUUCUCUAGCCGGUGAGCUUGGUGGAUGGGUCGCCCUACUGCAGUUCUGGGUGUGGGAGCGAUUCCCACAUCUGGCACCUCGAGAUUCAGAGACGAGGGCACAUCCACGUGGUCUUCGAUGGCUUUCGGCCAGCAGUCGUCAGUAUGGUGACCAGCUAUUCCAGUACAAGCUGUUGUUUGACGCGAUGGACACCGUGGUGUGGCAACCUUACCGUGAGAGAGCACUUCAUCUCAGAGGUAGUGUGAUACAGUCUGAGACAUUUCGAGCAAUAGUGCCACUUAUCUGCUUUUCAUCGGUGAUGUGGCAUCAUCCAGACCGCGUGCUCCAGCAGUUUGGCAUGAGGCAACAUGAGCCUCAUCAGCCACAUCCUGAGAGUGAGGUUAGGUUUUUUCUUCGCCAGGCUACUCGUGGGCCAUCGCGUGGGCAGCAGUUGGUACACGCCUCCAAAGAGUCGCUUGAUUUUUGGAACCGUCGACACGAGUUUGUAGCGACAUCUUCAUACACUGAUGAGGAGUUAGCCUACCACUCGGAGCAUAUGGAGUGGUAUAGAGAUGUCACCAGACGUUCCGGCACACGGAGAGGAGCUGUAGCGGAGGCAUUGUACGACACUAUCGAGCAUGCUGAGGUGAGUUUGCGUGACGGUGGGAGGGCUGGAGGGCUGACCCCUGACCAGUGUGAGGACUUGGCCAACUUUAUGGCGCCC